ACGACCCCUUGGAAAGCGUGAUGCCCAGCAAAUAGCUCAUCGUAUUAUAUAGCUUCAUAAAAUAAAUCCUGUUUCAAACUAGUUACGUUGGUGUAAUUGUAGGUUUUUGACCCAGCAGUGAAGACGGAAUGUUACACUCCUCGUGCUAGUGCUCCUUGUUGUUUGAAGUCAUGUCUUUCCAUCAGGACCGGGGGAGUCCCAGGGGAGGAAUGCCUCCAGGCCAACACGGCUCUCCUCAAAACUACCGACCCACAAACCUGAGGCCACCACCUCCCCAGCCUCCCGUUCCUCCGUACCACUACGAUCCUCAGACUCCUCCCAGCUCAAGCUACCAUGGAAACAGCGGCUACAUGCCUCCACACUCUGACUUCAUGCAGUACCCUCCGCCAGCGCCAUCCCAGACUCCCAGUUCUCUUAACCAGUGCCCAGUGCGCCCACCCUUCCCCAAGCCCCCUGUUCGUCAGGGCUUCCCUGAACCCCCACCCAACUUUCCACCUCCUCCCCUUCCCAGCUCCACAGGUGGUCCCACAUCGGGGUCCCAGGUGUCUGCUCAGAAUCCUUACCACCCUUACAUGAUGCCUCCUGUGCCCCCACCACCAUUACCACACCCACCCAUGCCACCCCCCAUACCUUCUCAGUCAAUGAGCUACCACCCUCCAUACUCCAUGAACUACCCCCACCCUCCCCACCCUCCUUUCCCUCCUCCUACCUUCAACCCUGGCUACACUCAGAGCCCCAGCUCAUUCAAACCAAACCACAGCUUUAGGCAAGGGGGCCAGUACAAGUAUGAGAAGCCCAUGGACAACAGGAGAUCUCCAGAAAGAGGAUAUCGCCACGAUGACCACAGACAGAAGGGCUAUGGCUACGGUGGCCAUGGCGAUAGGCAUAAAAUAGAAUUUCCUGGAGAGAGGAAGGACCGCGGGAGGAGUCCAGACCGGCGCGGUAGGCCGGAGGGUGGACGCUACAGGUCUGACUACGACAGAGGCCGGACGUCCCCCAGACACAGAAGCAGGGAUCGCAGCAGGGAGAGGUAUCGUCACAGAGAGAGCCGGAGAUCCCAGUCGCCUGACAGGCACAGAAAGAGGCCUCGAAGUCGGUCCACGAGCAGAGACAGAAAACGUGGUCGCUGGGAAGAGGAGCGGGACAGAAGGUCGGAGAGCUCCUCGGGCCUGAGCAGAGAGCGCAGCUACUCCUCCUCCAUCAGGAGCAGGGAGUCCGAAGAGGCCUUCGCCGACAGAGAGCGAGAGCGAGAGAGGGAACGGGAACGGGACAGGGAGAAGGAGAAGGAGAAAGAGAAGGUGGACGAUGAGAAAGAGGAAGAAGAACUGCUGAAACCUGCCUGGAUCCGCUGCACGCACGCUGAGAACCACUACUCUAAUGACCCCAUGGACCAAGUGGGAGACUCCACUGUGGUGGGGACCAGUAAACUGCGGGACCUGUACGAGCGCUUUGAGGAAGAGCUGGGGAAGAGACAGGAGAGAGCUAAGGCUGCUAGACCGAAAUGGGACCCGCCCAAGACGAAACUGGACGAGGAUCCAGACGACAGCAGUAGUGAGUCAGACUGUGAGUCAGAUGGGGAAGAAAGCACCUGCUCCAGCAGCUCUGACUCAGAGGUUUUUGAUGUCAUCGCUGAGAUCAAGAGAAAGAAAGCGCACCCCGACCGCCUGCACGAGGAGCUGUGGUACAACGACCCCGGGCAGAUGAAUGAUGGUCCCCUGUGUAAGUGCAGUGCCAAGGCCAGACGUACAGGGAUCCGCCACAGCAUCUACCCGGGGGAGGAGCCGGUGAAAGAAUGUCGUCCGAUGAACAACAAUGCAGGAAAACUGUUUCACUACAGGAUCACUGUCUCUCCUCCCACCAACUUCCUGACUGACAGGCCGACGGUGAUCGAGUACGAUGACCAUGAGUACCUGUUUGAAGGCUUCUCGCUUUUCUCCCACACACCUCUCACUAACAUUCCAUUGUGCCGUGUGAUCCGCUUCAACAUAGAUUACACCAUUCACUUCAUAGAAGAGAUGACACCGGAGAACUACUGUGUCCGAGGCCUGGAGCUGUUUGCCUCCUACUUGUUCAAGGACAUACUUGAGCUUUAUGACUGGAACCUGACAGGUCCUGAGUUUGAGGCCUCUGGAUGCCAGCGGUUCCAUUUCAUGCCCCGUUUUGUGCGAUUCUUACCUGAUGGCGGGAAGGAGGUGCUGUCCAUGCAUCAGGUGCUGCUCUACCUGCUGCGCAGCAGCAAGCCCUUGGUCCCCGAGGAGGAGAUUGCAGACAUGCUGCAGUGGGAGGAGUUGGAGUGGCAGAAAUACGCGGAGGAGUGCAAAGGCAUGAUCGUCACCAACCCAGGCAUGAAACCCAGCUCGGUGCGGAUCGACCAACUGGACAGGGAGCAGUUCAACCCAGACGUCAUCACCUUCCCCAUCAUCGUUCAUUUCGGGAUUCGGCCUGCUCAGCUCAGCUACGCCGGAGACCCUCAGUACCAGAAGCUGUGGAAGAGCUAUGUGAAACUACGCCACCUGCUGGCGAACAGCCCCAAGGUCAAGCAGAUUGACAAGCAGAAGCUGACACAGAGAGAGGAAGCUCUUCAGAAGAUCCGUCAGAAGAACACGAUGCGCCGUGAGGUGACGGUGGAACUCAGCAGUCAAGGCUUCUGGAAGACUGGCAUCCGCUCCGACGUCUGUCAGCACGCCAUGAUGCUGCCUGUUCUCACCCACCAUAUCCGGUACCACCAGUGUCUGAUGCACCUGGAUAAGCUCAUUGGCUACGUCUUCAAGGAGCGCUGCCUCCUUCAGCUGGCCAUGACUCAUCCCAGUCAUCACCUUAACUUUGGUAUGAAUCCUGAUCAUGCCCGCAACUCCCUCUCCAACUGUGGCAUCCGCCAGCCUAAAUACGGAGACAGGAAGGUCCACCACAUGUACAUGAGGAAGAAAGGAAUCAACACGUUGAUUAACAUCAUGUCUCGUCUGGGGCAGGAUGACCCCUCCCCCUCCAGGAUCAAUCACAACGAGAGACUGGAGUUCCUGGGUGAUGCCGUUGUCGAGUUCCUCACCAGUGUCCACUUGUACUACCUUUUCCCAAGUUUAGAGGAGGGCGGCCUGGCCACCUACAGAACAGCCAUCGUACAGAACCAGCACUUAGCCAUGCUAGCCAAGAAACUGGAGUUAGAUCGCUUCAUGCUCUACGCUCACGGACCAGAUCUGUGCCGGGAGUCGGACCUGCGACACGCCAUGGCCAACUGCUUCGAGGCUCUUAUCGGUGCUGUGUAUUUGGAAGGAGGCUUGGAGGAGGCCCGGCAGCUCUUUGGUAGACUGCUUUUCAACACAGGGGGCCUACAGGAGGUCUGGCUCAACUACCCACCACAUCCCCUGCAGGUCCAGGAGCCUCAGACGGACAGGCAGCUGAUUGAGACUUCUCCUGUCCUCCAGAAACUCACCAGCUUCGAGGACUCUAUCGGAGUUUUGUUCACACAUGUGCGUCUCUUGGCCAGAGCCUUCACCUUGAGGACUGUGGGCUUCAACCACCUCACCCUGGGCCACAACCAGAGGAUGGAGUUCCUUGGAGACUCAAUCAUGCAGCUGGUUGCCACAGAAUACCUCUUCAUCCACUUCCCAGAUCACCAUGAAGGACAUUUAACACUGCUCCGCAGUUCCCUGGUAAACAACCGCACGCAAGCCAAAGUGGCGGAGGAGCUGGGGAUGCAGGAGUUCGCCAUCACCAACGACAAAACCAAACGGCCAGUCGCGCUGCGGACCAAGACUCUGGCCGACCUGCUGGAGUCUUUCAUCGCAGCUCUCUACAUAGAUAAAGACCUGGAGUAUGUGCACACCUUCAUGAACGUCUGCUUUUUCCCGCGCCUGAAGGAGUUCAUUCUCAACCAGGAUUGGAAUGACCCAAAGUCUCAGCUGCAGCAGUGCUGUUUGACCCUGAGAACUGAGGGCAAGGAGCCCGAUAUCCCACUGUACAAGACCCUGCAGACAGUGGGGCCCUCUCAUGCCCGCACCUACACCGUUGCAGUGUAUUUCAAAGGGGAGCGAAUCGGCUGUGGCAAAGGCCCAAGCAUCCAACAGGCAGAAAUGGGAGCUGCGAUGGAUGCGCUCGAAAAAUAUAACUUCCCACAGAUGGCUCAUCAGAAGCGCUUCAUCGAGCGGAAAUACAGACAGGAGCUGAAGGAGAUGAGACGAGAGCGCGAGCGGCAGGAGAAGGAGACCGACGAGCCGGAGGAAUGCAGGAAGUGACAGCACCUUCUUCGGAGGCCAAUCAGGACCCGAAUUCACAUUAAGGAGCUCUGACUGCAGAUGUGGCAGCUCUCCAGGCAAGAGUGAUGCCACUAGUUGAUGGUGGAGCUGUGAUAGCUUAGCAGUGAUAAUUGACUGUUUCCCAAGUUCUACAGGAACAUAGAUGGGACACAAGGGAGGAUUGGUUGGCUUGGUAUAAAAGACUCUUCACCUGCAAAGUAACCAUUUUUAUAUCAGUUACUCAGUGUGUUACCUUCAGUGAGUAAAGGAAGCUGUUUUUCUUGCAUACCUCUGAUGAAUAGGGAUUCCAAACAAAGGCAAAUAUUCUCCAUGAAUCUAAGUCAUUUAGCGACAGCAGAACUAAGUCAAAACAUCAGAUUACAAACUCUCACACAACUUGUGCAGUAUUAUCAAAGUCUCAUUUAUCCAGCUGAUGCUCAGAACUUCCUAAACACAUGAUUUUUCUGGUACACUUACACCUUUGAGUAUCGCACCCUGAGUAAGCCUGACCAUGUGUUAGUGAAUGAGUGGAGUUCGAACGCACGGGUGUGCCAAGGCACGCUACUCUGCCGUGCAUGAGACUGUUUGUACUGACAUGUUUUAAAUCAGUGAUCCAGCCACACGGUCCAGAUUUCUCACUAGUCAUUAGUUCAAGGUCCACAUAGUUAAUACAUUCAGUGUCAUACUUACGUUUGACCAUGUCGUCAAGCUAGUUUACUGUCUCUGUCAAGGAGCUGGCCGUUCAUCACUCACUCUACAACAGGAAACGGCACUUCAAAAUAAAAGCUCUUUGCUGGAAAUUCAGUGUACCUCAAAAUAUAAAGUGUGUUUUUUGACAAACUUGGGACCCUCCAGUUGGGAACCACUGUUUUAAAUCACAUUUUAGCCAAAAUAUUUGAGUACAUGAGUGUAAAUGGAUGUCUUCAUAUAGAUCCCAGCUUUCUUCAAUUCAUGAAAAAUGUUUCCCUUUUUUGAUUCUUUGUUCGAGAGUAACAACAUUUUCUUAGCAUAUCCAAGGUAACAUGUUGAGUAAUUGAUAUACAAAUGGUCAUUUUGUGGCGAAGUAUCCACAGACUUAGGUGAAAGUAGUUUUUAGUCCACAAUUUCCAAAGAUAAAGCAGGACAGAAGGCAAAGAGAAUUAGAAAUAAAGCAAGACACUGUUAUGUUUUAUGCUGUUUGGUACUGUAGCACUGUCAAAGGUGGCCUUAUGUUUUCUUAUAUUUAUGUUUGUUGCUCAAUCUUUAAAUAUUGACUCCAUGAACUAACUUUUUAACCCAGUACCACAACAGGAGCUCGUAAUGUUACUGACACAUGCCAAAAAAAAGGAAAAAGAACAAGUUUUUAAAUGAAGUAUGAGAUGCUAAAUGAACCAUCAAAUCUGUUAUUGUAAAUAAAGUUUCAGAUCAACAGUUGAAAAUCUGAUUUUGUAUUUAUUGUAAUCCUCUCCUGCUCAGCGUACCGCUAAGAGGCCUAAACCACAAAAAGGGUUGAGUCAAUUAUAUUCAAUCACCACAACGUCACCAUCUGUCUCACAUCUGCCACUCAUCC